AUGAUAGUUGACGACCAAAAAUUAUAGUCUAACUGGUAUAACAGAUAGAUUCAUCCUUAAAAUAAGAUAGUUAAAGCUCACUUGAAUUCUAUUGAAACUUUAUCUGUUAAUAUAGCCAAUCCUACUUAGUUUGCUACAGGAUCUCAUGAUCAUCUGGUCAAACUAUGGGAUUUGAAUACUUUUAAAAACACAUCAACAUUGUAGGGUCACAAAGAAGGAAUUUGGAGUACUUAGUAUUCAUUAGAUGGGAAAUAAUUGCUGACUGCUUCUCCUGAUAAAUCUCUAAUCAUUUGGGAUCUUAGCAAGGGAAAACCAGCAUCUGUGCUAAAAGAGCACCACAACAAGGUUUACUUUUGUUAAUACAAUGAAGAUAAUAAACUUAUUGCUUCUGGAGGAGAAGACUCUCGUUUGAUCAUUUGGGACACUCGCAAAGGAACUCCAUUAAAAAUCAUCUAAAGCGAAAAUAAGAUUAUUUAUAAUAUAAAAUGGUCUAGAUGUGGUAAUUAUUUAGUGACAUCUGAAUAUGGAGGUGUUAGUAAAAUUUUUGAAACUAGAAAUUUCUCUCAAAUUGCCUCAUUUGGAAAGUUUUCAGAAGAUGAAAGAGCAUGGUGCUGUGACAUAGAUUUUAGAGAAACUUCCAAACAUAAAAAUAAAAUAUUUGUGGGAUAUGAAGUACAUUUUUUUAAACAAAAAAAUAGUUUAAAUUCUAAACCUAAUUUAAUUAAAAGUCAAGAAUAGUUUAAGUGUUAACUUUCUCUCCAUAAGAAAAAUCUCUAAAACUUGACUAUGAAUUCUUAGCUCAUAUGGACCCUAUUAAAUGUCUUAACUUAGAUGGUCAAAAAGAGCUUAUAAUCACUUCAUGCAGAGUAAAACUUAAUAAAUAUACAAAUUAAUUUCAUAGUUUUUAAUUGCUUUUCAAUUUUAUUAUUUCUAAAUAAAUUUAAUGAGUUUAUUUAAAAUUAAAUAUUUUAUUUUUAGUCAAAAUAUUAAGAUUUAAGAAAGAGAUUGAAUUUGUUUUUUGAUAAAUUAUAAUUAAAUGGAAUUUUUUAAAUUUAAAAUUUAAUUUAGGAUGGAAGUGCUAGAAUAUGGGAAUCUUAUAGAAGACCUUAAGAAUAUUCUCCUAAAGCUAUUGGUACUUUAUUAGAACAUGAUGAGAAUGUAUCAAGUAUUUAGUUUGUACCUCAUGCUUCUAAAACACUACUUUUAACAAGCUCUUAUGACUGUUCUGUCAAUUUUUACCAAAUUUGA